AGGUUAAGUCAUUUGAACUCAAAGACAUGAAUGUCGUGAGAUUACGUGAUCAAAACCACGUGUUAAAUGUUUCUUAUAAGGCAACAAUUGAUCACAAGGAAAAUGAAAUGCAUAAAAUAGUAAUUGAUCUUACUGAUUUAACAGUUUUACAAGAAAUAGAUUCUUUUAGAGAGAUUAAUACUAACCAUAUUCCUACAGAAGAAAUACUUGAUGAUAACCAAAUUGUUGAAACUGUAUUAGUAGAGCAAUUAGAACGUGAACAAGGUGAUCCAAAUGAUUCUGAUAAAGAACCACCAAAAAUUUUUGCUGCUGAAGGAUUAAACAGAUUAAAAACUUUUAUCUCAUUUGCUGAACAAAUGGAUAUUGAUUUUUUCUUUAAUAAUAAUGACUUAACUAUCAACUAUGUCAUUAAUGAAUAUUCUUCCAAUGAAGCAGAUUUUCCUUAUAACAAUAAUUUCUCAGAUAAUAAUAAUAAUUUUUUCGGCAAUAAUCUUUCUGACAAUUACCUUCUAGAUGAUUAUUUUUAUGACAAUUACCUUUCUGAAUAUAACUUUUCUGAUGAUGGCUUUUCUAAUGAUGGCUUCUCUGAUAAUGAUAAUGAUUUUUCUGAUAAUGAUUUUUCUGGAAAUAAUAAUUUUUCUGAUUAUAGUGGUUUUUCUGAUAAUUAUGACAAUUAUUCUGAUGAUUAUGAAUGA